AAUGACAGAAAACCUGAACACGGAACUGAAGCAGCAGCUCAUUUUCUUGCUCAGAAGUGGCAACAGCCAGAGAGGGAGCCAAGUGUGGCCGUGAGGAGCUGGGAGCCCCGAGCCGCGCUAACACUGUUGAAGAUGUGGAAGUCUGUAGUAGGGCAUGAUGUAUCUGUUUCCGUGGAGACUCAAGGUGAUGACUGGGACACAGACCCUGACUUUGUGAAUGACAUCUCUGAGAAGGAGCAACGAUGGGGAGCCAAGACCAUCGAGGGCUCUGGACGCACAGAACAUAUCAACAUCCACCAGCUGAGGAACAAAGUGUCAGAGGAGCAUGAUAGUCUCAAGAAGAAGGAGUUGGAAUCAGGGCCCAAAGCAUCCCAUGGCUACGGAGGUCGGUUUGGUGUAGAAAGAGACCGAAUGGACAAGAGUGCUGUGGGCCAUGAGUAUGUUGCUGAGGUGGAGAAGCACUCUUCUCAGACUGAUGCUGCCAGAGGUUUUGGGGGCAAAUACGGAGUUGAGAAGGACAGGGCAGACAAGUCAGCAGUUGGCUUUGAUUACAAAGGAGAAGUGGAGAAACACACAUCUCAGAAAGAUUACUCUCAUGGCUUUGGUGGCCGUUAUGGAGUAGAAAAGGAUAAACGGGACAAGGCAGCUCUGGGAUAUGACUACAAAGGAGAAACAGAGAAACACGAAUCCCAGAGAGAUUAUGCCAAGGGCUUUGGUGGUCAGUAUGGAAUCCAGAAGGACCGAGUGGAUAAGAGUGCUGUUGGCUUCAAUGAAAUGGAGGCUCCAACCACAGCUUAUAAGAAGACGACACCCAUAGAGGCUGCUUCUAGUGGUGCCCGUGGACUGAAGGCAAAAUUUGAGUCCAUGGCUGAGGAGAAGAAGAAGAGGGAAGAAGAAGAAAAAGCACAGCAGAUGGCCAAGAAGCAACAGGAGAGAAAGGCCCUGGUAAAGAUCAGCCACGAGGCUCAGCCACCAGCAACCACUGUGGAAGAGCCAGUGGUGCCGGCCCCAUUGCCUAAGAAAAUCUCCUCACAGGUCUGGCCUCCAGCAGGGAGUUGCUCUUCGCCAGAGCCUGAGCCUGAGCCUGUGAGAACCAGCAGGGGACAUCCAUUGCCUUCCUUGCCCUCAAGGCAAGAACCCCCAGAGGAUGAUGAGGAGGCCCCAGCUUUGCCUCCCAGGACUCUGGAAGGCCUCCAGGUGGAGAAAGAGCCAGUGUAUGAAGCAGAGCCUAUAUAUGAAGCAGAGCCUGAGCCUGAGCCUGAGCUGGAGCCAGAGCCAGAGCCUGAGAAUGACUAUGAGGAUGUUGCGCAUAUGGACAGAAAUGAGCAAGAUGAUGAACUAGAAGGGGACUAUGAGGCUGUGCUAGAACCUGAAGAUGCCUCAUUUCCCUCCUCCGUGGCUGAAUCAUCAGGCUGUCCGGCUGGGGCUGGGAUCUCAGCGAGAGCCCUGUAUGAUUACCAAGGAGAGGGAAGUGAUGAGAUUUCCUUUGACCCAGAUGACAUCAUCACUGACAUUGAGAUGGUGGACGAGGGCUGGUGGCGGGGACGUUGCCAUGGUCACUUUGGACUCUUCCCUGCAAAUUAUGUCAAUCUUCUCCAGUAAAUGGCCCAGAUUGUAUUCUGCACUGUGACUUCCCAUGAUCAAAGUGGCUCUGCCUCCACUUCCUCCCAUCUGCUGCAAGUGUCUAAUAGGAUGUCAUGAGUUGCCUGAGGUUCUAGAUAGAUUUCUCUCUCCUCCUCCAUUAGGGUUUGGGGCAGAGAUAGCAUGAAGAUGCAGCUCUCCUUCAUUGUCCUCUCUAUCCUGUGUGAGCUCAUAGACAUGUAUCUUGUUGCCCCACCUCCUUCCCCAUGAGUGUUCCUUCUAACACCUCAAGCUCUGCCUUCUGCUUUUGUGAGCUCUGAGCUUCCUGGUUUGCUUGCCUAGGAAGGUAUGUCUAGACUGCCUGGUUUACCUGGUUGUGCUGUUUGCUUACUUUCCUUCCCUGCAGAGAUACCUUUUCUCUGCUCAGUCUUAAAAUUGGAAAUAAAGUGGGACUAUGUUUCACCUCUAGGCUGAAGUACAUCAUACUUUUUAUGCAUCUCUCAAUGGCCUUGACUCUCAUGGCUCCAAUUGUCCUUCCCCCCUUCAGGCAUAUCCAGAAGAUUCCCUCCUACCACUGACCAUCCUCCUGUGCCCUGAUGUCUAGCCUUUUCCUUAGGCUAUACUUAAACCCAGUCCUAACAGAUCAGCCUGGGGAAUGGUGGUAAGGUGGGGAACAGGAGGCCAGGUAGAACUUCUACUGGCUUCAGCAGUUGUGAGAGGCCAGCCACCUUCUGCCUGGGAGUAAUGACUACACUCUUCUAGGAGAUGAAGAUUCUUGAAGAAGCAGCACAAAUUAGAGAUUAGGAAGGAGGAAAAGGGAUAUUUGGCAACAACAAAAAAAAAGACAAAAGCUAAAGGAACACAGGCUUCAAUGAAGUGAUAGAGGAUUUAGUCAGAGACAGUGUCCUCUACUCAAGAAAGUUUCAAUUUCUUUGUAGCUGGAUGACUGAAAUUGAUGGCCAAGUAAGUGGGUAGAUGGGAAAAAACUCAUGAAGCUUCUGUGUGGUUCAUGGAUGAAUAUGAUAUGAAAAACAGUGAAGACAUUUAGGCAGCCAGUGAUGGGCAACAAGCAAAUCACUAGCAAAGUAUGGGGAUGAGGAGAAUGAGGACAGGGCAUGGUGGGUUUAUCCUGGCCCAGGCCAUUGUGCUCCUGAAGGCCAGAGAUAGGAGAUGUGAGGCAAAAAUCAGAACAAAAUCUAAAUCAAAGCCAGAGAGUUGGUUGGUGUAGGGAAUCUUGUUAGUAAGACAUAGAAGUCUGUGCUGUAACCAGUAUCAGAAGUUGGGCCCAACUUUCAAAGAUGAAGAAGAGAGUGGCAGCUAGGAUUAGUGACCGAGAUCCUCAGAUGCUCCAGGACUUCCUAAAGCUGUGAGCUGCCCACGUGCCGGGAGCACUAUGUCCCUCAGGCUUAUUCCCUGGCUUUUCUUUAAGACACACACUCCUUUGUUUUCACAAUGACUUCUAUGCCAGUGAAUCACAAAUCUAUCUCUAGUCCUACCUUACAAGAUUCACCCAGUUAGCCUUUCAGAGUGCAAAGCAGCUUUUAUUUCUGCUUAGAGAGACGUUGGGAUUUCCAGUACACAAAGGUAAGCCAUCAUAGAUAUACACAACCCCCUUCUUCACUUCAGUUUUAUUUACCAUCACACACAGAUCAGAAUUUUACAGUGCUUUUCUGGUUACAUCUCCAAGUCCCUCCUUGCUUUUUUCACUUUUCCCUUUAUUUUAAGAUAGAAACUUCUUUUCCAGACCCCUGUGCUAUUAAAGCAACAAUUCUACAGAACUGCCUCAGUUCUCCAGACCUCUCCCUCCACUUUGGCUGAUUUCUACUCUGAACUGAUUAUCUUGGUGGUGAUACUCAUCAAGGGCUCUCCUCAUAGACAUCUUCCAUCCAGGCUCCUAUUCCUGGGUACACUGUCCCUUUCCACUCCCCUCAGUGCUUCUUAGUCUGAAGCCAUGUCUAACCGUCUUGCCUCUGUCAGAUAACGCUUGCUGCCCAUGCUACUCACUACAGCCUUACCUCACUAACUAAAUCAUCUUCUGCCUAAUUCAGUCUCAUAAAAGGUUUUCCUUUUGCUCCAACUGCCCUCUCACCAUAAAAUGUGCUUGUUUGUAUAAACCAGUGCAUAUACUGCGGUAUCCUGCUUUUCUGCAAUAUGUAAAAUUAGAUAUCUUACAAAAUGUGUUUGAUGAUGUUGAUUGAUUCAAUAUUGCUGUGAAGGCAGCAACAAGGAGAGCAAAGUGUGACAGAAACUGUGCAGCCCACAGAGCAGUGUGGCACUGUCCUGAUUUCUCCCUGAGCCCUGCCUGCCCCCACCCACCCAGAUGGCAAAGGGAAAGCCCUCUGCUCCCUUCCUUUCUCUAUACUUCUCUCUCAUCUAACAGUAGCCCCUAAUUUGUACCUCCCUUGGCUCCCCUUUCUUUCUUUUCUUCUAG